AGCAACGAGCUCUUCGUCCUCAACACCUCCUCCUUGACAUGGUCCCAGCCCCUCGCUUCCGGUCAGCCACCCUCGCCAAGGAUGCAUCACUCCAUGGUGUGUGAGGGGAAGAACAUCUACAUCUACGGGGGGGAGACGGAGAGCGGUUAUCAGAAUGAUCUUUAUCUUCUUGAUGUCUCAUCUUGUACCUGGAAACUUCUUGAGACCAACGGAACGAAACCAUGGCCUCGCUGGACUCCCGCCAUGGCGACUCAUUCCGGCUCAAUCUUGCUCUUUGGCGGAUACGGCAUCCAUGGUUACUCGAAUGAGCUUUAUUUGCUCGACACAGAGCAAAUGAGCUGGAGGGUAGCUCAAGUCAGUGGGUCGAUCCCAUCUCCUCGAUCUGAGUCAGCCAUGGCUGUGAUAAAUGACAUGCUCUACGUC